AUGAAACUGCGUAGCCUACAAAACAAGGUUACAGCACCAUUCCUACAACUGAACAAGACAGCAAUCAAUACGGAAAAUGGCAAAAGACUGAUAUUGAUGACUUUCACGACAGCAUUACAAAUCUACCAAACUGCAGUGAGAGAAAAGUUUCCCCAGGGAACCAGCAAUGCAACCGAUAGGGGAUGCUACUUGGGCGAAACUAGGGCUGACAACAAUUGCAACAGAAGCAGAAGCCAAAACAAUGGAGUAGGCAACAAACGUUGCGAUGAAGAAGAAAUUACUCUGAGUAAUGGAGAGAAGAUCUGGUACCAUCCUGCUACCGUUUCUCUCGAACACACCUACAAGCGUUUACCAACAAGCAACGCGAGCGUAUGGCAAAGGAAAGAGCUGCAUACAGAGAAAGUCAAGGAUUACCAGCAAGAAGGGCAACAGGACAAGCCGCACAAACACAACAAGUGGAAACGCAGCUGGCGGAAUUGCAAGCCAAAGUAG